AUAGAACAUUCUGCUCAUAACGCAGUGCAAAUGGUGACGGAGAACUCUUAUUAUUUAUUGUUAUGGUAUUGUUUUAGUCUGUUUUCAUUGUUUUGUUUUUCCUUCUAUGAAAAGUGGUCGCACUGUUCCCCAACGCUCCAUUUGCAGUAAGUGCGUCCGUGUGGAGUACAGACUGAGAGGAUGCUGGUGUUAAAAGAGACAAACAGCCCUCCAGCUGUCACCGUAAAAGUGGAGCCUCCCCUAUACGCACAGACCGCUGAACAUCCUCGACCUGUUGCCUCGGUGUGAAGAAAAGUAGAGCUUCAUUGUGACGGCUGCAAAACCAGAGAGAAGUUCUUUUUCCGGCACAGCAGGGAGGUCGAAGACGGUGCCAUGGGGUGUAUCAGUGUGCUCGUUAUUAAUUUACGUUGUGAAUAGCAGAAGGAAGAGGAGCGGAGUUGGUUUUGGAGGGGACGACCUCCUCGGUGUGGAGGUGCGGUUUGCGGUGGUAUUUGUCUCUGGGUUUUUUGAGGAGGAGGACCAUGGUCGAACUGGAGAAGGAGGUGCUGCCGCUGCCCCCUCGGUACCGGUUCCGAGACCUGUUGCUCGGGGACUGGCAGACCGACGACAGGGUGCAGGUAGAGUUCUAUGUGAAUGAGAACACUUUCAAGGAGCGCCUCAAGCUGUUCUUCAUCAAAAACCAAAGAUCCAGUCUGCGAGUGCGAAUGUUUAACUUUGCUCUGAAAGUGCUGAGCUGCCUCCUCUACAUCGUCAGAGUCCUGCUAGACAACCCUCAAGAGGAAAGACAGGACUGUGUGAGCGGGGUUAACUGCACCAAACAAAACACAUCAUCCCGCCUCUGGACUGAGUUUGACUGGAAGCUGAUCAUCUGGGUUGAUAGACCUCUACCGCUGUGGGCACUGCAGGUGCUUGUGGCUUUCAUCAGCUUUUCAGAAACUAUGUUGCUCGUGUAUCUAAGCUACAAGGGCAACGUAUGGGAGCAAGUAUUACGUGUCCCCUUCAUUCUGGAGAUGAUCAGCGCCAUUCCCUUCAUGAUCACUGUGAUUUUGCCAUCCUUCAGAAAUCUCUUCAUCCCUGUAUUUCUCAAUUGCUGGCUGGCCAAGCACGCUUUGGAGAACAUGAUAAAUGAUCUCCACCGGGCGAUCCAGCGGACACACUCAGCCAUGUUUAACCAGGUGGUGAUACUUAUCAGCACACUGGUCUGUCUCAUGUUUACAUGCAUCUGCGGCAUUCAACACCUCGAGCGAGCGGGCAACAACCUGACCCUGUUUGACUCCCUCUACUUCUGCGUGGUCACCUUCUCCACGGUGGGGUUCGGUGAUGUCACCCCUCAGAUCUGGCCUUCGCAGCUCCUGGUGGUCAUCAUGAUCUUUGUGGCGCUCAUUGUGCUUCCCAUCCAGUUUGAGCAGCUGGCCUUUCUGUGGAUGGAGCGACAGAAGUCUGGGGGGAACUACAGCCGCUACAGGGCACAGACGGAGAAACACGUGGUGCUGUGUGUCAGCUGCCUCAAGAUCGACCUCCUCAUGGACUUCCUCAAUGAGUUCUUCGCUCACCCUCGGCUGCAGGACUACUACGUGGUGAUCCUUUGCCCAGCAGAGAUGGAUGUCCAGGUUAGAAGGGUCCUUCAUGUCCCUCUUUGGGCCCAGAGAGUCAUCUACCUGCAGGGCUCUGUCCUCAAAGACCAAGACCUGAUGAGGGCCAAGAUGGACGAUGCUGAGGCCUGCUUUAUCCUCAGUAACCGGUUUGAAGUGGAUCGCAUUGCUGCUGAUCAUCAGACAAUCCUCAGAGCUUGGGCAGUGAAAGACUUCGCUCCAAACUGCCCCCUGUACGUCCAGAUUCUCAAGCCAGAGAACAAGUUUCACGUCAAAUUUGCAGAUCAUGUGGUGUGUGAGGAAGAGUUUAAAUACGCCAUGCUGGCUUUAAACUGUGUGUGCCCUGGUACCUCAACUCUCAUCACUCUAUUGAUCCACUCCUCUAGAGGACAAACGACGCACCAAGAAGCCUUCAAGCAGCGUGUAGGAGCAUUUCAAGCCCUCAACAGGGAGGGUGGCGCAAGCUCAGCAGACCAAUGGCACCGGACCUACCGGCGCUGCUCAGCCAAUGAGGUGCAUCACAUUCGACUGGAAGAAAGUAAAUUCUUUGGGGAAUACCAGGGCAAGAGUUUCACAUUUGCUUCCUUUCACGCUCACAAAAAGUAUGGAGUAUGUUUGAUCGGAGUGCGCAGACUGGACACCACCAACAUCCUGUUAAACCCUGGCCCAUGCCACAUCAUGGGGGCCUCUGACACAUGCUUUUACAUCAAUAUCUCGAAAGAGGAGAACUCAGCAUUUGUCCGAGGCCAGAGGGAACCAUCGUGGGGCGGCACAGGCGGAAAUGCCAGGGGAGUGCACCAAACCAUCUACCACGGACUCACCCGCCUGCCAGUUCACAGUAUCAUCGCCAGCAUGGGCACAGUUGCAAUCGACCUGCAGGACUCCAGUGACAGCAGCCCGGAAGGCCAGGACCCGGGAGGCACAGGGAUGGGCAGUGGGAGAGGAAGCAGGAGCAGCUCCAGGACAGAGAUGGGAGGCGCGAACACCUUGGCUCUGCCCGCCACGGGAGAGUCAGCAGAGGAGAGACGGCACAGCAUCGCCCCUGUCCUGGAGCUAGUGGACGGUGUCAACAACCCCACAUUUGACCUACUGGGAGACCAGUCAGAGGACGAGGGAGGAGAGGAGGGCAAGGAGGACAGCGACAAAGAUGAGAGCGCCCACUGGUGGGGUCGACACUGCGAGUGGGUGAAGGGCUACCCGCUAAAUUCUCCGUACAUCGGCAGCUCACCUGCACUGUGCCACCUUCUACAAGAAAAGAUGCCUUUCUGCUGCCUGCGAAUGGACAAGGCUUGUCACCACAUUCCUAUUGAGGAUGCCCGCUCCUAUGGCUUCAAAAACAAAUUGAUCAUCGUUUCUGCGGAGAGUGCAGGGAACGGUCUUUACAACUUCAUCGUGCCUCUACGGGCCUACUACCGACCAAGGAAGGAGCUCAACCCCAUCGUGCUGCUGUUGGAGAGCAUACCUGAAGCAGACUUCCUGGAGGCAAUUUGCUGGUUCCCCAUGGUGUUCUACACGGUGGGCUCCAUUGACAAUCUGGACAGUUUGCUACGAUGUGGAGUCACUUUCGCUGGCACCAUGGUGGUGGUUGACAAGGAGAGCUCCAUGAUUGCAGAGGAGGACUAUAUGGCUGAUGCAAAGACCAUCGUCAAUGUCCAGACCUUGUUUAGACUGUUUCCAGCUCUUAGCAUCAUCACCGAGCUCACACAUCCAGCCAACAUGCGCUUCAUGCAGUUCAAAGUCAAAGAUCACUACUCCCUAGCUCUGUCCAAGCUGGAAAAGAAGGAAAGGGAAAAGGGGUCUAACCUGGUCUUUAUGUUCCGCCUGCCCUUCGCUGCUGGGAAAGUUUUCAGCGUUAGCAUGCUGGACACUCUCCUCUACCAGUCAUUUGUGAAGGACUACAUGAUCUCCAUCACCAGACUGCUGCUUGGUUUGGACUCCAUGCCUGGCUCAGGUUUCCUCUGUGCUAUGAAAAUCACAGAAGAUGACUUGUGGAUCCGCACCUAUGGCAGGCUCUACCAGAAAUUAUGCUCCUCCACUGGAGAUAUCCCCAUAGGCAUCUAUCGUACAGAAGCCCACAAGCUUCCAGUCUCUGAGUCCCAGGUAUCCAUCACAGUGGAAGACUACGAGGACACCAGAGAACCCAGAGAGCCCCUGUUAUCCCGGACCAGCACCCACCGUAACUCCACCUCCUCGGAGCCCAUCUCCACAUCUUCCCACUCUUCGGACCACCCGCUGCUGAGGAGGAAGAGCAUGCAGUGGGCACGGCGGCUGAGCAGGAAGGGGGGUCGGAGCUCCAGCGGGGCCAAAGGGGGUCCGGGCAGCGCAGCCGAAAGGAUCAGCCAGCAGAGACUGACCCUGUUCAGGCGCUCAGAGAGGCAAGAGCUCAAUGCCCUGGUGCGAACAAGGAUGAAGCAUUUGGGCCUUUCUCCAACUGGAUUCAAUGGGAUGACAGACCAAGGGAACAGACUGUCAUACAUCCUCAUCAACCCUUCUCCAGACACCAGACUGGAGCUGCACGAUGUUGUGUACCUGAUCAGACCGGACCCUCUGUCCCUGGUACCCAACCAGGGGAGUAGCAGGAAGUGCAGCGCCGGGCUCUCAGAGAGCCACAGGUUCGACACGCAGGACAGCACCCAUCUGUGAGAGACAAAAAAAAAGACUAAUACACUGUCAAAAUACUGCCAGAGAGAGGUGAAACAACAACACAAUCAUCAAGGAGAAAGCAAACAUGGUGAGACAGAAACGGAUACAGCCAGGUGGCACACAGCCCUCGUAUGUUCUCCACAUUCAGUCUCGGUGAACUCAGAGGUGCCAGACUUGCAUGGACCUUUUCUAUAACUAAGGGAAUGUUUUAUUUAUGCACCUAUUUUCAAAGCGGAGAGCUGCGGACACAGAAGUGCAUUUAAUGAAAAACUGUACGUAACUAUGUCUGUGUAUGUGCAUGUUAUGUACUGCAUCAUGUACUGUGUGUGUGUGUGUGUGCGUGUGUGCGUGCGUGCGUGCGUGCGUGCGUGCGUGUGUGUAUGCUUAUGGAUCCAGAGCAAGACACUGCCAGUUUUAUUUGGACAGCCAAAGGAAUCUGCUGCCAAAUGAAAAGUCAAGGGAUGUAUCGUGUCUUUUUCUUUCUUGUAGGUGUGUUCCAUCACACUUAAUGUCGUUUGGCCUAUUUAAAAGUGACACUACAGUCUACACGUCCUUGUUUUUUCUUCUUUCCUUUUUCUUCUUUUUUGGUUUUGACAACAUAAAACCUUUUUUUAAAAAACUUUUUACGUGUUGCUCCCACCGUUAUGACGCACACAUCCGUUUUACACUCACCAGCAGCAGAGGAAUCCAAAGAGCAACAGUCUCAAUAACGGACAUAAUCACUGCAGGGCAUUCAGUCACACUGCUGUCUGAAGGCGAACAAACCGGACCUGAGUUUGUUGUUUGCCUGAUUUUUUUUUUCCCUCAAAGACCCGCUCUCUCUGCUUCUGUCGGUCAGUGUUAGCCGUUCUGCCUCCAGCUUGCUUUUACUGACAUGCAUGUUAGAGAUGCAGGGGAUGGACAAAAUAACAAGAACAUACACUGUAACAUAAUGCCAUCCAGUACAAUAGCCCUGCAAUAAAUACUACCUUUGUGAAGCUUAUAAUGUAACAUUUCUAAGAAAGUUUCACAGAGGUGUUGGUGGAAUUCUCAGUAUUGAAGCUGAGUUAUAAGCUUUACAAUUAAAUAUCUGCUGUAUUUAUUGCAUACUGCUAUAAAUAUCCACCUUAAUGAGUAAUUAGUUUGCAGAUUUAAACUUGAAAUCUAUAAUAUGAUUUGAUUUUCAGUCAGAAAAAAAGUUUUAUUUCUAUGAAAAAAAAAUGUGCCAUUUUGAUGAUUCUACCCAGUUUUAUUUCUUAGAAAUGUGAGAUUUUAUUCUGCUACAUUAAAGUAAAUUAUUUGUUACUGUGGAGAUUUAUGCUGUCUGUUUAUCAAGGAUUUGCAAGCCUCUGUAAAUCUUUUGCCAGACGUUCAGAAUUUGCCGUUGCACAUGGAAAUUGUGCGGCCAUGUGGCGGGAAUGCAAGCCGGCAUCCCUGCCAACACAACUGCUGUAGCUUCAGUGCCAUUAUAACGAAUGAAAAUAUGUACAUAUUAAAGUCAGUCCAUAUAGCUUGUCA